AUGAAGGCGGUGCACCCAAGCUUCUCUCUGGAGGACGCUCACCGCGCCUAUGAAUCUAAGGAUUAUAAGACAGCAGUAUCUGUCUACAGAGAUAUUCUUCUUCAAAUUGAGGAUGAGUCCGCCAUAGCAGAUCUAAAUAUUUGUCGACACUUCUUUGCCUUUGGUAAGUCUCUUCUGGAAUAUGCACGUCACUUCAACAAGGAAUACACCGAUUAUUUACAGCAGAGAGAAGAAUAUGCAGAGGUCAAAGGAAGCCUACCUGUGGGCAUGGCCGAAGAAGACGAAACUAGUGAGGAGCUUCAAGACCUGACGUCCAUUUUGCCUCCCGAGAAAUAUUUCGAUAUGGCAAAGCAGGUUUUCGGGGUCGCUGUGACAAUUGCACAGAAUGCCAUUGUUGAAGCACUUAAUGGCAUGGACAUGAAAAAGGCAGCCAUAUCUGCCUCUCUAGGACCAUCUAGUAGCGAGGUUACAAGGCAAAUUAAAUUCAAACGGGUCUCUGAUGCAUGUAGAGAAGAGCUUAAGCUUCCGGUCAACCUAUGUUUUAGCUCUAUGUACAAUUUGAUGCUUUGCAAGUUAGAACAAGGGAUAUCCGUGACACUGGAAUUUAAGGAGCUGUUUGCUGUCGCAAUAGACCACGGGUUCUCUGUAACAGAGAUGAUUGACGGGACAUUUGCGCUCUACACAUUCUUCAACGUUCUUUCGGAUUACUAUGAAGAGAAAAAGCUUAAAAAAUCCCUGGAAGAGUUUGAAAAGACGGUAGGCACAGUGCCUACUGCUGAUUCGCCUGAGAAUGCAGAUAGGGAUGUUAUGCAGCUGUCACAUGUCUCCACAAGCUCUACCACGGAUGCGGAAGUUCCGCCAGAAGAACUCCUAAUAGAAAUCUUGAAAGAUUUACACACCUAUUACUCCGUUUGUCUGGCAAACGCUAAAAUCAUGACCAAAAGAAGUGUACUGGGCCGUCUCCGGCAGACGAAGGAAGGCGCCACCAUUGAGAGCGACGCCACUGAGAACUUGCGUCUUCUAGAGCGAAAGUUGCAUAGCCUGAAUUGCGGGUUCAAGAACUAUUUAGUGGAAAAACAUCUGUGUGCAACAACGUUUGGACAGUCCACCAGAAAAAGCCAAAUAUGUAACUUUGGUCACGAGAGUAUUAGUGACGGAGAUGUCUCCUACGAUUCUAAUAUCAAGGAGAAGAAGGCUUUAGUUGCAGAUACUCAGCAUCGAAUUGUAUCUCUGAGCACACUUAGAGCUUCUGGUGUCUCUGAAGAAACCAUCAGUUCCCUAAGAGCCUCUAUUAGCGAUCCAAAUGGAACAGUGAAGCCUUCACACCACAGUGACGAUGACAGCUCAGACGACGAGGACUUUGUUCCUUCUUCUUCCGAAGAUACCUCCGAUGUGCUCAUAAACUCUGGUUGCAGUUCCAGCAGUGAAUCUGGCAAAUCAUCCACCCGGUCGUCCUCGGACUCCUCUUACUCUUCCUCCUCGUCCUCCCUAUCUUCCAGCUCCUCGUCGUCCUCGCCCACCUCAUCCUCGUCAGAUUAG